AUGCCGGUUGCAGAGACUACAUUGGAGGAAAAGUCGAAAAGACCGGCAACUCAUGCUGAGCGUAAUGCGGCGGACCUUGAGAAGAUGACCUACAAUUUUGAGGAAACUGAGGUGACUGCUGGGAUGACUGAUGCUCUAAAAAAAGUAACAGAGGAAAAACAGUCUGCUACUCCUGCCCCAAGGAUCAAAAUCAAGUCCAAGGACGUCAAUCUAAUCGUUCAGGAGUUCGAAAUCAGUAGUAUUGCAGCAGAGAAGAAACUCAAAGAAUGCCAUGGUGAUGUCCGCGAAGCACUUUGUGCAUUAUGCAAGUAA